AUGUCGCAGGGAUCUAGUCGUGAAGAUGACACGCAGUCUUUGACUGCCAGUGUAACGGAUUACCCCAUGGAAUAUGGAAGACGAUACCACAAAUAUCAUGAGGGCUCAUAUUUAUAUCCCAACGACGAGCAAGAGCUAGACCGGAUGGACAUGCAACACCACAUGCUCAAAUUGGUCAACCGCGGGCGGCUGCUCUUUGCCUCUCCCCUAAGCCCAAAGAAAAUCUUAGAUGUCGGCACCGGUUCUGGUAUAUGGCCUAUAGAACUAGCGUCUGAAUUUCCAGCAGCCGAGAUUAUAGGAACCGAUCUUUCGCCUGUACAACCAAACGAAGUCCCCGAGAACGUCCAUUUCCUAGUCGAUGACGUUACAGAGGACGAAUGGCUAUGGGGCCCCAAUCACUUCGACGUCAUUCAUGCCGGUCACCUUUCAGGUGCCUUGCCAUCAUAUAAAGACUUGUUACGGAAAGUCUUCAAGCAUCUCAAGCCUGGCGGUAGUGUUCAGUGCGAUGAAUUUGACCCGAAGCCGAAAUGCGAUGACGGAACCAUGCCAGAAGAGGACCCCGAUAAGUUCAGCGAAUAUGCCCUUCAAGACCUGAUGGAUUUACACCAUCGUGCCGGUCAGGCAUCAGACCCGCCCCGACAGUUUCGAGUAGCUCAUCGACUGGCACGCUGGAUGAGAGAAGUGGGAUUCGAGGACGUUCAGGAACGGGUUCAAAAAGUACCCGUGAACCCUUGGUCUACCGACUCUCAUCUGAGAACGAUUGGUUCGUGGAACGAGACAAACCUGCUGGAAGCCGCAGCUGGUUGGUCUUACAAGCCACUCACGAUUCUUGGCUGGUCGAAGCCCGAGAUCGAAGUCUUCCUGGUCGAUGUUCGAAAAUCCAUCCAAAACCGUGAUGUCCACGCCUAUUUGGACUAUUAUGUGGUAACAGGAAGAAAACCACUUUCUGCUUAG